AUGCGUAGGUGGAUAAGUCUAGCAUUAAAUCAUAUUCUAGCGAGGAGGCCCUUCAUUUGUAGUUUCAACAGUUUUCCUUUACUCAAAAACAUACCGUACUCUAGACUAUCGUUUUCUAUGAGCAGCCGAGGUUUUAGGUCUGGUAACUUUAUUCAAGCACAACUGAAGCAUCCUUCCAUUCUUUCAAAGGAAGAUUUAGAGCUACUUUCUGAUUCGGACGAUUGGGAAGAGCCUGACUGCAUAGAGCUAGAAAUUAAACAGCCAGAAGAGGCAAGUACGGUUGUUGUAAAUGGAGAAGACCUAUUGGGCAAAAUGCCCAUGAAGGAAAAGAAUGUCAUGAACUUUAUCAAUAAGGACAGUUUCUCACCCUGGAACGAUAUGUUCAAACCAAGUAUAACUCAAGCACCACCACUAGCCUCUGAAAACUCGUUUGAACAGAGCAGCCAAAAGAAAACAGCGUCUAGAGGCUUCAAGAAUCCGCUAAAGCCACCGUUGAAAAGGGAACCAUCUUUUGAGGAACUUCAGAAUAAUUCAGUAUCUCAAGAGAGAAGCCUUGAAAUGAUAAAUGAAAACGAAAAGAAAAAGAUGCACUUCGGGGAAAAAAUUGCUGUUUUAACUCAAAGGCCUAGCUUUACUGAACUGCAAAAUGACGAAGAUUACAGUAACUCAAAUCUUCCCAAUAAUGUAAAAGUCAAGAUACCGAUUUGUUUAAGCAAAGAACAAGAAAGCAUCAUCAAGUUGGCAGAAAACGGGCACAACAUUUUCUAUACAGGAAGCGCUGGUACUGGUAAAUCCAUUCUUCUACGUGAAAUGAUCAAAGUUUUGAAGGGCCUAUAUGGAAGGGAAAAUGUGGCAGUCACCGCCUCUACAGGAUUAGCCGCCUGUAACAUCGGGGGUAUAACUAUACAUUCGUUUGCUGGGAUAGGGCUAGGAAAAGGUGAUGCAGACAAACUGUAUAAAAAAGUUCGUAGGUCUCGAAAGCAUUUGAGACGUUGGGAAAAUAUCGGUGCCUUGGUCGUCGACGAAAUAUCAAUGCUAGAUGCAGAACUGUUGGAUAAACUAGACUUUAUUGCUAGAAAAAUACGGAAGAAUCAUCAACCAUUUGGUGGCAUUCAACUCAUCUUUUGUGGGGAUUUCUUUCAGUUACCGCCUGUGUCAAAGGAUCCCAAUAGACCAACUAAGUUUGCUUUCGAGUCUAAGGCCUGGAAAGAAGGUAUAAAAAUGACGAUCAUGCUACAAAAAGUUUUCAGACAGCGUGGAGAUGUGAAAUUCAUUGAUAUGUUGAACCGGAUGAGGUUAGGAAAUAUUGAUGAUGAAACGGAACGGGAGUUUAAGAAGCUUUCGAGGCCAUUGCCAGACGAUGAGAUUAUUCCAGCGGAACUUUAUAGUACUAGAAUGGAAGUUGAAAGGGCCAACAACUCUAGGUUGAACAAAUUGCCGGGUCAGGUGCAUGUCUUUAAUGCUAUUGAUGGUGGUGCUUUGGAAGACGAAGAGCUAAAAGAGAGACUGUUGCAAAAUUUUUUGGCCCCAAAAGAACUACAUUUGAAAGUUGGCGCUCAAGUUAUGAUGGUGAAAAAUUUAGACGCCACUUUAGUUAACGGUUCACUUGGUAAAGUCAUCGAAUUUAUGGAUCCAGAAACAUAUUUUUGUUAUGAGGCACUUACAAAUGAUCCAUCUAUGCCUGCAGAGAAACUCGAGACAUGGGCAGAAAACCCAUCAAAGAUAAAAGCAGCAAUGGAGAGGGAGCAUAGUGACGGUGAAGAAAGUGCAGUAGCUAGUCGUAAAUCCUCUGUAAAGGAGGGGUUUGCAAAAAGCUCUGUAGAGGAACUCGUCUCUCCACUGGAUUCGUCAGUUUUUGACUUCAUGAAAAGGGUUAAAACAGAUGACGAGAUUGUGCUGGGGAAUAUAAAACGUAAAGAACAGCUUUUACAGAUGAUACACCAAAAUUCUGCGGGAAAACGGAGAUUACCUCUUGUAAGAUUCAAAGCCUCUGAUAUGAGCACCAGGAUGGUACUUGUCGAACCGGAAGAUUGGGCAAUUGAAGAUGAAAAUGAAAAGCCGUUGGUGUCUAGGGUCCAACUGCCGCUAAUGCUUGCCUGGUCGUUAUCGAUCCAUAAGUCUCAGGGUCAAACACUUCCGAAAGUCAAGGUGGAUUUACGCAGGGUAUUUGAAAAAGGUCAAGCAUAUGUUGCACUGUCUAGAGCCGUUUCAAGAGAGGGUUUGCAGGUGCUAAAUUUUGACAGAAGUAGGAUCAAAGCACAUCAGAAGGUGAUUGAUUUUUAUUUAACCCUAUCUUCAGCUGAAAAUGCAUACAAGCAACUUGAGGCAGAUGAGCAAGCGAAGAAAAGAAAAUUAGACUAUGCACCUGGUCCUAAAUAUAAAGCCAAAUCAAAGUCAAAGUCCAAUUCUCCAGUGCCUACAUCCGCAACAACUCAAACUGAUAGUGGAAUUGCAGCCAUGUUGCAAAGGCACAGUAGGAAGAGGUUCCAGCCGAAAAAAGAAUCAAAUCGAGUUCACUCAUUAGUUUCCGACGAAUCUCAUCUUCAAGACACCGAAAACCACAUCUUAGAAUAA